AUACCUGCCAACCUUUUGACUGUAAUAAAGUCUGCACACAUGAGUGUGUAUGUAUUGAUGAUUACUUUGGAUCUGAAUGCGAAGAUGUAAAUGGUGGAUUUUCCGAAUGGGGUUCAUAUGGAAGUUGUUCAAGAACAUGCGGAACCGGAAGUAAGACCAGAACGAGGGCAUGUGAUAACCCGACACCUGUUGGGACCGGAUCUGAUUGUGCUGGAAACACUUCAGAGACCGUUCCAUGUAGUACUGACCCUUGUCCAACUGUCUGUCCUAACGGUUCUACGCAAUUUAGCUGUACAUGCCGAAAUCAUGUAAUCAACAUGACGUCAGAGAACUUGUCGGAAGUUAUUGCUGCACUGAAGGAAGAAUUGAAAGUUGACAAAACCAAAACAAGUCUGAGUGUACGUCAGAAGACAAGUGUCGAAGACUCGCGGACAUCGGCAAAGACGAUUGGGGCUGUGGGAGCUGUGAUGUUGGCUGUUCCAUUUGUCUUAAUCAUUUUGUCAGAUCUGAAUAUUGUCUAUAAAUAUCUCAGCAAGAAUUCCGCAAAGAGACACACAUCACAUCAAGUAUGA